GUUGGGUCACGUGGGGACGUUAAUUUCCUAUCAAAUGACACGAACUAUGUACAUGAGCGUGUAUUAAACAAUGGCAGAAGUGGGCUGGACAAUCGAUUGUGGAUCUAAACAAUGAAUGUCUGGUCGUGGGGUGCCAAUUCUUAUGGCCAGCUAGCCCAAGGUGAUACUGAUGACAGAUUGGUGCCUAAGCCCAUUGGGACAGUUCCAGGAAGGUUGACACGGAUAUCAUGUGGUGGAGGGCAUACACUUCUCCUCACAGAAGAUGGCAGAGUGUAUGUUUGUGGUUGUAACAACAAAGGUCAGCUGGGCACUUGUUACCUUCAAAACUUUGCAAUAUUUACUGCACUCCAAAAAAUAAAGGAAAGGGUUGUGGACAUAGCUGGCGGUUGGGAUUUCAGCUUGGCAGUCACAGACACAGGUUCCCUGUAUGCAUGGGGGUCCAAUGCAUUUGGUCAGCUUGGAGACCCCUCACUUCAAGCAAUCACACCAGUGCCAACUCAGAUAAACAUCCCAUGUCAAGUGAUUCAGGUGGCCGCUGGAUUGAGGCACACUGUGGCCCUUCUGGUAAGCGGAGAGGUGUAUUGCUGGGGUCAUGCAAAAAAAGGGCAGUGCGGUCAACAAGGGGAAAGCAGGCUUCCACUUAAGCUUGACCUCCCAAGCAAAGUGGAAAUAACACCCCACAACUACAAGUGUACACAGAUUGUAGCUGGAUCCUACCAUUCCGCUGCUCUAACAGCUCAGGGCAGUGUGCUAUUUUGGGGUUGUAAUAAGCACGGGCAGGGUGCAGUAUACCCCAAGGUCACACAGCAGAUCAGUGUUCCCAUGGUGAUUGAUCAGGACCUGUUUGGUGGAGAAAGGGUGAAGGUCAUUAAGUCAGGAUGGACUCACCUGCUAGCGCAAACAGAAAGUGGCCUUGUGUACAGUUGGGGUCGGGGAGACUAUGGACAGCUGGGCAGGUCCAGGUCACCAGAUAUAGACCACAUACCAGGUGUGAUGGAUAUCAGUGAGAAGAUCACACAACUAGAGUGUGGCUCGGAACAUAACCUGUUGCUCACAGAAACAGGCAGGCUGUAUGCUGUGGGUUGGAAUGAGCAUGGUCUGUGUGGUACAGGGGAUGAAACUAACGUCGAGAGGCCAACUCCCAUAGCUACAUUGUCAACCACGACUGUGCAGUACAUUGCCUGUGGGGGAGGGCACUGCUUUGCAGUCACCACCGAUUAUGGCUGAAAAUGGCACAGGGUCUAAAAGGCAUCAAAAGCUGUCUUAGAUUGUUGGCAGAUGCUUGUUUCAACACUUAUUCCAGGGCAAAUAAUGUCCAUGAAUACUGCAAGACUGUCUAGUUGACAUCACUUGGCAAAAAAUGCAGGCAACACUGAAUUAUUGUGUGAAUGGAUGGUUGUUGGGUCCUUCAUCACUCUCGAAAUUCCAUGAAAUAUGGUUUGAUCGUACAAAGCUUAGUGUGUGCAAUUUAAGGCAUCUGCAUAUGACUGUUUGACAAAAGCAUAUAUCAAACUUUAACACAUCUGUGAAGUGAAUUCCUUUUCAAAUAAACACAUCUGUGAAGUGAAUUCAUUUUCAAAUAACUAAGUUCAACUUUAUGAAAGUAACCAUUUUUAUUCUGGUUUUAUAGUCCAUCACAUAAUUAUUACAUCAUUUUCACAUUUGAUGUAAUAUUAGAGUAGGAUAUGAGUGACAAUAAUGGUAUUCAAAUUUAUCAUAUGUUGAUGCAAUAAAUUUCUUGUAAACAGGUUAUUGUUAUGAAACAAUUGCUAAAAUUAACUAUGGGAUUUUUUUGGUAUGGCUAACAAAACCGUGAUUAUUUUAAUUAAUAAAGCAAAUAUUAUAAAUUAUACACCGUUAUUUUACUAUUAAUUUUUACAUAUAUAUUUAUAAAGGUAUUUUUAAUUGAUUUUUUGUAACACUGUUUACUUUUUAUCAUUGUUAUGCAAGUUAGUUAUUUU